UGCUAGUGAAUAAACACAAAGUCUAAAAGAGUAAAAUGGAAACACAAAAGAAACCCGAAUCCGAGAGAAUCUACAACACCAAGCAGCCUUCAACCAUCCCUCUGUCGCAACUUCAAACGCAAAAACUCACCCUCACCUGAUCAUCCCCUCUCUCACAUACACUAAACGACGCCGUACCAGUCAAACAACAACAACACCACCACCACCUCCGUUCUAACUCAUCUUCAAUUUCAGAAAUCUAGGGUUUCAUAUUUUCAAUUUCAUCAUGAACUAAAUUAAACUCUACUUCGAUUCAAUUACUCGAUGCAAGUUCCAAAUUCAGGAGCUGAGAGUCAAAGCUCCGACCAAAGUCAACCGAUUCAGGAAACCGAUGGCUUGAAGGCUGUCGGAGAUCCGGCGGAUGCUGCUGCUGCCGGUGGAGGUGAGGUGGAGUUAGGUAAUGGAGCCGAUUUGGCGAAGAAGAAGCGUGGGCGGCCGCCUAGGGCUCAGGCGAAAUCGCCGCCUGUUAAGAUGAGCAAAGAAGAAGAUGAGGAUGUUUGCUUUAUUUGCUUCGAUGGCGGGAGUCUUGUUCUAUGUGAUCGCAGAGGAUGUCCGAAGGCGUAUCAUCCUGCUUGUGUGAAGAGAGAUGAGGCAUUUUUUCGAUCGAAAGCUAAAUGGAAUUGUGGUUGGCAUAUAUGUAGCAUAUGCCAGAGGGCAGCGCACCAUAUGUGCUAUACGUGUACGUAUUCGUUGUGCAAAGGGUGCAUAAAGAAGGCUGAUUACGUUUGUGUUAGAGGUGAUAAAGGCUUCUGCACGGUGUGCAUGAAAACAAUUAUGUUGAUUGAAAAUGGCGGACAAGAAAAGGAUGAGAAGGCGCAAGUGGAUUUUGACGACAAAACUAGUUGGGAGUAUCUUUUCAAGGUGUAUUGGAUCUAUUUAAAAGGAAAGUUAUCUUUAACACUCGAUGAGCUUACUCAAGCUAAAAAUCCACUGAAAGAAGCUAGUUCAACCGCUUCAGUUAUUUCAUCAACAAAUGUACAUAAUGGAGACAAUGAUCCGAAAAACGUUUUAUCAACAUGUGUACAUAAUGGAGACAAUGAUCCGAAAAACGUUUUAUCAACAUGUGUACAUAAUGGAGACAAUGAUCAGAAAAACGUUUCAUCAGACGUGUCUCAGAAUGUGGAGGCGAUUGAAUCUAAAAGAAGAAAAACAGAUGAACAGAUUAGUAUAGUACCUCAUAAGGAAACUACACCUACAAAAAAACCGCGUACUGAAGAAAGGUCAUCUGCGAUUGCAUUGAAGAACUGGGCAACUAAAGAGCUUUUAGAAUUUGUUGCACACAUGAAAAACGGUGAUACAUCAGUGUUGACUCAGUUUGAUGUUCAAGAACUUAUGUUAGAGUACAUAAAAAGAAAUAGUCUUCGAGACCCUCGAAAGAAAAGCCAAAUUGUAUGUGAUUCGAGGCUAAAGAUUCUAUUUGGGAAACCACGUGUCGGUCAUUUUGAAAUGUUGAAGCUUCUAGAGUAUCAUUUCUUCAUUAAAGAAGAUCUCCCAAAGAACACAAUCAAGAGUAUCGCAAAACAGGUUGACCCUGAUUGGAAUAUAGAUAACAUGGUGACAGUUGGUAAAGAAAAGAAAAGGCGAAACCACAAGAAAACUGAAGAACGCACGCCACAAAAUAAGUUAGAUGAUUAUGCUGCCAUCGAUGUCCAUAAUAUGAACUUAAUAUACCUGCGCCGGAAAUUAAUGGAAAAUCUUAUCGGAGAAGGUGAAAUUUUUCAUAAAAAAGUGGUUGGUUCGAUUGUGCGAAUAAGAAUAACUGGUAGUGAUCAGAAGCAUGGCAUGUACAGACUUGUCCAAGUUGUAGGUACAAGUAAGGCAGAUGCACCAUAUAAAAUCGGCAAUAAAUCUGCAGAUGUUGUGCUUGAAGUAUUAAAUUUGGACAAGAAGGAAAACAUGUCAAUUGAUAAAAUUUCAAAUCAAGAUCUUUCUGAGGAUGAAUGCAGACGUUUGAGACAAAGUAUAAAAUGUGGGCUUGUAAAACGCUUUACCGUUGGUGAGAUACAGGACAAGGCGGUCUCCCUCCAGUCUGUGAGGCUUAAUGAUUUGAUGGAAGCAGAGACAUUGAGGCUUAACAAUCUUCGCGAUCGAGCUAGUGAGAAAGGGCAUAAGAAGAGUCUUAGAGAAUAUGUGGAGAAACUCCAACUUCUCAAGACACCCGAGGAGCGUGAACGCAGAUUGCGGGAAAUUCCCGAGGUUCAUUCUGAUCCUAAAAUGAAUCCGGAUUAUGAAACCGACGAUACUGAGGAAUACUUUAAUAAAGAACAUGAAUAUAUGAAACCGAAGUAUACUGGAAUUAGUAGGAAGAGUACGAGCUCUGUGAAAAAAGAAAAAGAUUUUUCAAAUAAUGUUAAUAGCAGGUCACGGAAAAACGAAGAGGGUCACUCUUCUACCAAGGCUACAGGGAGAAUAAACUUGAAAGUUGAUGUUCACGGGCCCAGCAGUUCGGGCCGGCCACAAAGUAAGGUUGAUUACAAUGGUUCAACAGUCACCAAUCGCAGUCAUAACUCUGCAUCAGAAACAUCUACUUCAUCUUACACUAUGAAGAACGCCCUGGUUUCCAACAACAGUGAAUUAGACAAAAUGUGGCAUUAUCGAGACCCGAGUGGAAAAGUUCAAGGGCCAUUUUGUAUGGUACAAUUGCAGAAAUGGAGUACAACUGGAUACUUUCCACAAGACAUGAAGAUAUGGACGAAUCGAGAGGAUGAAUCUUUACUCUUAAAUGAUGUUUUGAAACAACAGUUGAACGUUAAAACAGCCACCGAUAAAGUUAGUAUACGAGUUGAGGGUCUCACAGUUCGUACCACUAAUCUAUCAUCUACACAAAAAACGGUCAACCAUGGGAAAUUAUCUGGUACACAUGGUGCCACGGGACAAUCUUCUGUACAAAGUUGGAUUGCCAAUGGUACCACUAACACCCCUUCAUUUGGAAAGUCAAACGAGUCAAACAUGACAGAGCUGGCUAGCCCUACACCAGUGGAAAACGAUGCGGGUACCAAUAAUGUUUCUUCGGUUUUUGAUAUUGCAAAUGCAGAUUUACCAAGUCCCACACCCAAGGAGACGACGACGACGAACCAUGUAGAUGAAAAAGUUCAAAAUGCUGUAGAAAAAGAAGCCCAGAAUGUUGGCGGGGCCCAGCUCCCCGGAACAAGUGAUCAUGUUGUUACUACAAGUGCCAACAUGGAGCAAGCUAUUUCUUCAUCAUCUACACCGUCAUCACAGCCUGGUGAUCGUGCUGCUACUACAAGUGCCAACAUGGAGCAAGCUAUUUCUUCAUCAUCUACACCAUCAUCACAGCCUGGUGAUCGUGCUGCUACUACAAGUGCCAACAUGGAGCAAGCUAUUUCUUCAUCAUCACCGUCAUCACAGCCUGGUGAUCGUGUUGCUACUACAAGUGCCAACAUGGAGCAAGCUAUUUCUUCAUCAUCUACACCGUCAUCACAACCUGCUGUUCUUGUUGCUACUACAAGUGCCAACAUGGAUCAAGCGAUUUCUUCAUCAUCUCCACCGUCAUCAAAGCCUGAUGAUCAUGUUGUUACUACAAGUGCCAACAUGGAGCAAGCUAUUCCUUCAUCGUCUCCACCGUCAUCACAGCCUGGAAACAACUAUCUGCCAGCAUGGCAAGGUGUUCGUGAAACAAUCGAGUUUAGCACUUUGGCAGAAGAAUCUGUUUCGGAUUUGCUGGCUGAAGUAGAUGCAAUGGAGGCUCAAAAUGGUUUCCCUUCACCGACAUCAAGAAGGAACAGUUUUGUAGAGGAUUUGUUUAACGGGUCCUUUGAGGAGUUCAGUCCCACCCCUAAUAUUCAGGGUUCAAGAAGUGAUCCCUUUAGUUCCAUCGGAGCCGAGAUACACUUGCCAUUUCAACCAACUGCCACCACCGCCACUACCACCACCACCACCACCACCGUGGGGUCUUCUCAAGGCAACAGUAAUAAUGUAUUUGAUUUUGUUAAGUGGCCUGAAAUACCGCAAGAAACCAUUUCCAAAGACAUGAUUGAUGUAAAUAAUUCUGUAAAAGCUGAUGAGCGAGCAGGAGAAACCAAUGCUUCUGAAACGAGCCAUGACCAGAGAGGUGGUUCAGGUGAACAUAAUGAGGGUGAACGCGCCGAACCUACGACUACAAAAUCAAAGGACCCGAACCCUGAGUUGGUAGUUCAGUCUAGAACCAACCACAAGGAAGCAGAUGAUAGAGUGGUGCAGCCUGCAACCGUUGACACUGCAGGACCUCCACCACCAUCCCAGCCACCGCAAUCCCAGCCACUGCCACAACCUAUGGCCGUCGGAUUAGACAAAGUUCGCCCCCGACAAGGUAACGUGAAUAUUUAUGGAAGACCAGUUCAAGAAUUGACUCAGGUUGCUCCGCAUUUAAGCACGGGUCGGGGUGUGGUCAUAGGAUGGGACCCGCACCAACAAAUUUAUGGUGGGGAUAGAUUUAACAAGGUUGAGGAUUCAGGUUAUAGUAGGAACGGCAAACCUUGGGUUAGUCAGUCUUCAUUUGGUAGUGGCGGAAAUGGCAUUGGCAAUGGUGGUGUUGGCGGUUAUUCAAGAGCACCGCCUAAAGGGCAGCGUGUUUGCAAAUUUUACGAGAGCGGGCGGUGUAAGAAGGGAGCUUCCUGCAACUAUUGGCACCCAUGAGAGUUGACUUGAUGACCUGUUAUCUCUAUUGUUGACCAUUUAUGUAAAAGCCAUAUAUAUAUAUAAAGCAUGUGUCUACUGCUAUAUGUAGCUGUAAGUUGUAACAACCCCAUGAUUUAAUAGACUGAGAAUAUAUCAGUCUUAUUUCUCAAUACCAUUUUUUCUCUUACUUCCAAAA